CGCCUACGAACAGGCAAGAUCGAGAUAUGGUGCGCGUCUGGGUAGCGACCACAGCGAUGACCGCGCUGCUUGGUGCUGCCGUCGCCUGGGCCUACGAGCAGCGCGCUGCCGCCCUUCGCGAGGACGAGGCGCGGGCCAAGGACGCGGCCAUCGUCGUCGUCGACAUUGGCAGCUCGUCCGUCCGCGCAAGCGCCUACGUGUGCGUUCGCGGCGCAUGGAUCGCCGUCGACGGCUCGCUCUGCCAGGAGGCUCGGGCUGCGAUUGCCGCCGAUGGCACCGCCGAUAUGGGCAGCAUCCAGGCCGCGGUGGAGCGUGUUCUCGACGGUACGAUCGGCUGGUUGACCAAGCAGCGCGCGUAUGCAGUCAAGGCCGUCGGCUUUUCCGCGUUUGGCAUGUCGCUCGUGGGCGUGGACGCAGCCGGCGCCCCCGUCACGCCCGUCUACACGUACGCGGGGCAGUGCGCAGACGAGGCGACCGAGCUUCGCGACGCGCUCGCCAAGGCGGGUCUCCAGGCCGAGGUGUACAACCACACGGGCGCGCCGAUGCACCCCGCGUACGCCGCCCCGACGCUGCUCCGGCACAAUCGCCAUCAUCGUGCGACGUCGCCUGUCUACGCAUGGCAGUCGAUGGUCGGCGUCCUCCUUCGCGCAUGGACCACCGCUUCGCAUGCCAUUCCCAUGAGCUACUCGGAGGCGUCGUGGACGGGUCUUCUGGACUUUCGGAGUGCGACGUGGCACGAGAAGCUCGUCGCGAUGACGCACACACCCGCGUCGUCCAUGCCACCGACGCAGGACCCGUCGAUCCCCGUCGAUGCGCAUCUCAACCUCACGUACGCACGCCGGUGGCCGCUGCUGCGCGACGCCACCUUUUACCUCGCGUUUGGAGACGGCGCCGUUGCCAACGUUGGCGCCAAGUGCACGGACCCCAGUCGCAUUUGCCUCACGAUUGGUACGAGCGCGGCGAUGCGGGUGCUCGUGCCCCUCGCGAGCCUCGGCAAGGUACCCCGAGGGCUCUGGUGCUACCGUGUCAAUGCCACGCACGUCCUGCUCGGCGGCGCGCUCACGGACGGCGGGUCCCUUUACGCAUGGGCCAAGAAGACGCUUGCGCUUCCCAGUAAUGCCGCGGCCGCACUCGAAGCCAUGGCCCCGGGUGCCCAUGGGCUCACAUUGCUUCCGUUCUUGCAUGGUGAGCGCGCUCCAGGCUGGCACGCCAAGGCCGCGUGCACGAUCAGCGGCAUAACGGCUGCGACGACCGCUAUCGACAUCCUCCGCGCGUCGCUCGAGUCGGUGGCGCUGCGCUUGGCCGCUAUCUACGCGCUGCUCGCACCCCAAGCGACGUCGGACGCGGUCAUUGUUGCCAGCGGCACGGCCCUCACGUCGUCGCGUCUCUGGCGCCAAAUGAUCGCGGAUGCGAUUGGACGCAAGGUCGUACUCGAGACCGAUGCGGUCGAGACGACAUCUCGGGGCGUGGCCAUGGCGGUGGGCUGCUAUAUGGGCCUUUCCAGCUCUCUCGACGAGCUCCAACCGCUCUCGUCGACGUUGCUGUCGGCGGACCCAUCCCGCCACGCCCACGCAGCCUACUUGGGCGCGCGGGAGAAGCAAGAGGCACUGUACCAUACACUGUACGCUUAAGUGACUAUGGCGCGAGCGCAUCCUCGAUGAUGCCACGCAUUUCCUGCA